ACGGAAAAAUAUGUUAUUUUCUAAAUUAUGUGUUAAAUAAUAUUCUAAGAUCACCUAUGUCUGCAGAAAACUGCCGACCGCCUACUUUUUAUUCAGCUUACAAGCCUCUAUUCGGCCUGUAGUCUUGCCAAAAUGGAAACUGCAUGCCUGCGUAUUAAAUUCACGCCACUCUUACAAAAUCUUCAAAAAGAGGAUUCCAAACAUUGCCUGGAAAUAGUUCCAGAGAUAACCUGCAUACAGAAUCUAGACAAAAUACAAUGGAGGAAAGAGGAAAACUCUAUCGAGUACACUAUACCUAUGACGUACAAAAUUAUAUUGAGGAAAAAAAAUGUAAUUAAAGAUAAUAUAAAUGAGACAGAAACGUUAGAUAAGACGUAUCAUUCGUGCGUAGAUUUGCUGCUUCCAUCGUCAGAUACAAACAUAAUGGGACUGGGAUCAGGGGACAUCAGCAGAAUAGUCAGCGACACCUUCGUGCUCAGCAAGGUCACCACAGACGUCGAGAAGUGUAGCAUUAUAUUCAUGGAACCCAAUGCUGACAGCAGAAAUGAACAAUCGAUCGAAUUAAUAACGACUCAAGUACAAACCGACAGCAAUAAUGAACACUUUUUUACUGACGAAUUAGGAAACAAUGGAAGAAUUAAAAGGACAAAUUAUAAAUCGCGAGACACGAUUACAACUCAAACCUCACCAGAAGUAGUUCAAAGUGAAUCUCAUGUUGUUCAGGUUACAAACGCCGACAUUAUAGACUGUGAUGAAAAGUCAAUAGAUAAAAAUAUAAAUACAGAAACACCAAGUAAUGUUGAAGACAAAAGGUCGUCUGGGAAUUUCGGGAAAGCGUUUACGAUCAAUAACAAACUAGAGACGAGACGAAAUCUAAGUCUAACUCCGAUAUGCUCUAUCAAUACCGAGGACAAUGAAGCAGAACCAGUGAAACGAAUUUCUUCCAAUACGAUUGUCUACCUUAGAUACGAAACCCAGAAAGAAUUUGCAUGUGCUGAGAUCAGAGGCAACUCAGUUAAAAGUGACGAUUUGUACUUCAGUUUGUACACAAGGAAUCACAACAACUUCUGCAAGACAUUUAAACAGUACGACUGCGUCACCAGCCACAGAGUACUUCCAGAAGUGAGAGUGGCAAAUUUUGUGCAGAUCAUGGAAAACGAAAUCAUGCCCUUGAAACUUAUGCUAAGUGAUAUUAUAAGUAAAUGCUCGUCUCUUGGUGUCAGUUGGAGUAAAUCUCAACAAAAACCCUUAAUAAAUAAUGAAGUCAACAGUGAAAAACAAAUAAGUGGAUGUAAAACAAAGAAACAAGCUAACUCCAACCGUGUUGUUUAUUCAAUUGUGUUUGAUGGAUAAGAAUGUUUAAAUAAAUUAAGUC